AUGUCAAAUGUCAGAUUUAUUACGUCAAAUAGUAUAUUUUCGCAACAAAAUGGAGACCCAGCAUCUUGAGAUUUCAUGCAUUUCGUAGCAUUUGGACAUAUCGUCAAUCCUUCCGUCUUAUUGGGACAUGAACCGUUUUGAGGGUCCUUCUUCUUUAAAGUUACUUUCUGCCUGCAUCGCUCAAGUAUUAUUUAUGCAAAUAUGUCCUGGAUUUGCUGCAGAGUAUCAUAGCAUCAACGAACAUUCCACCAGCACGUCAUGUACGAUCCGUUCCCCUGGCUUUCCUAACGGUUACUAUGUAACAGGACAGAGAUACGAGUUCAUUAUCACAGAUUCCAAAAACUAUGGGGUCUGGUUACAGUUCGAUGACUUCGACAUCGCACCAGAGAGUAAAUUGAUAAUCAAAGAUGUUGAUGAAGAAACCGUACUGACGGGCAGGAAUCGCCAAAAUUUUGUGUCUCGGGGACGGAACGUGACGAUUGUGUUCCGUACUGGCAACCUUGGGACGAAUGCGUGGGUGAACUACAUGGGCUUCAAGGUUAGCUGUUUGAGCGCCAAGACCUACGGACAUAACUUCCUGUCCAAGUUGAAGACCGAGUCCUACUACCUGACAGAUGUCUUCGUCGGGAAUAUGUCGUUUGAGUUUGUUCGGGAUAGUACGCUUGGUCGUCUGGUGUGGGAUAUCGACUACGUCUGGAUAAUAACGGCGCCGGUGGGGAUGAAUGUUUUCAUCCGUCUCCUAAAGAUGGAGCCUGAUAACACGAAUGGAGAUGGUUUCCUCCCGGUCGUCAUGGAGACGUUACUCGAGAUCCGCGGCGGCAAUAACAGUGACGCACCGUUGCUCAUCUCGUUGAGGAAGCAGAACGACUUCUACUACCCAGCCGACACCCGUUGGGGGAUUACGGCUUCAGCCAAAGCCAUCUACAUGAGGUUUACGGGGGCCGUCAGUAAGGGAAAGAAGUUUGAGAUCGUCUACUCCAUGUUCUACAAUACCAGCAUGGAAGAAGAUUGCUUCAAUUACAUGAAUUGGCGCCAGCAGAUGAACGGUUUUUACUGUCGCGACUACCAGCAUUGUAUCCCCGCCAAGUUCCAGUGUGACGGUUUGGAACAUUGUCCAAACGGCUACGACGAGUUUGGGAAAGUCUGCCGGGGGAAAAGUGAGAGAGUCGGACCGUGUCCGGUGACGAUGUCUAAGUGCCCGCCACCUGAUCUGAGGUGUACGAGAUCAUUUCAGGAUUGCAAGGAAGAGGAGGACUUCACUGGUUAUGAUGGUGUGUGUUCCUUUGGUCGCACCAAAUGUAAAAACGGCCGCUGCAUUGAUAGAGAUCUGUUUUGUGACGGUACGCGGGAUUGCGAAGAUGGCAGUGAUGAAGCGGACAACUACCUCUGUGAGACACAUCACUACGUGACAACCUCGGACUGCGUCGUAAAAUCACCUGGGUUCCCUAACGGCUACUAUCAGGAGGGACAACGUUACCGCUACAUCAUCACGGACUAUGAUCGAUUCAGAGUGUGGCUCAAGUUUGAAGAUUUUAUACUUGCCCCUGAGAGCAAGGUCACGAUCAUUGACGGCCCAAAGAUGGUUGUGAUGCGCAACUUAGAACGGAAGUAUUACCUCUCGACGGGACCAAAUGUGACGGUUGUCUUUGAUGCUGGCGAAUCAAAUGGAGAGUCGUCGUCAAAAUAUAUUGGCUUCAAGUUCACUUGUGAGAGUGCGAUAGAAUUUCAAAAGUUUCUAUUCUUGACCGAGCGCACUGUGGCCACCUACAAUCUCUCCGGUAUAAACGACGGCUCAGUAGAUUUCCAGUUCACCAAACGCGAUGCCCCGCCGUACCACGGACACCGCAUGUCAUUCAUCUACAGCAUCGAUUUUGUCUGGCUCAUAAAAGCGCCGCCGAAUAUGAAGGUUUUCCUGCGGAUUCUAAAGAUUGAGCCCCAUGUUGUCAACCAAGAAACCCUGUUGGAGGUGCGAGAAGGCUAUCACAGUGAUGGACGUCUCCUACUGAUGUGGAACAGCUACAAUGAAUUCUUCAUCAAAAAGUACCGCCGCUGGGGAGUGACAGUCAUCUCGGACGAGUCCGUAUACAUUCGAUUCCGUGGCAAGGUCAAUGCAGGAAAACGUAUCAGUUUGUCGUACACCGUGUUCUACCCUGCAACAUCCUCUGAACAAUGCCUGAACUGGAUGGCGAGUCAUAACAUGCCCGGCUUCUUCUGCCACGAUCGCAACGUGCCGUGCAUUCCCGCCAAGCACAUCUGCGAUGGUUUCGAACAAUGUCAGAAUGGCUUCGAUGAAUAUGGUACACACUGUUUUGUGAGUAAUGUUGUACAAAAGCCGUGUCCCGACUACAUGCUCCGGUGCGGCUUACCAGAUCUCAGAUGUGCCGAUUCUCGCAGCCAAUGCAGAGAUGAACUAGAUUUCACGGACAUGCAAUACACGAUGUGCCCAGACAACACAUUCCAGUGCAAAGACGGCAAAUGUAUCAACUCAUCGUAUUACUGCGACGGGAACGCCGACUGUAAAGAUCUUAGCGAUGAGGUGCCGUGUAACUACAAAUCCGACAAUAAUGGCAACUACUACUCGAGUAGCUAUUGGGAGUGGUACAAACACUGGGUGAUUAGGUGGGGCCUGAUCGGUUUGAUGACAGCGACAGGCGUCUUGACAAGCAUCGUUUAUAUCUAUCUUAAGUGCUGUUCAAAACCAGCAUUGCUCGCUGCAGCUGAGAGCAGACGACAGCGGGCUCAGGCAGGAAAUCAGCGAGCAGCUGCUCCGGUGUUGUUUUCAAAUCUUCCGACGGACGACGAUGGAACGCAGGGUUCUGAAGGCAAUGUUAUUAUCAAUACAGACAGUGGCCUCCCUAAUCAGCUGCCACCUACAUAUGAAGAAGCUCAGAACCACUUGCCAAGUUACGAUCAAGCUAUACUAAAGCCACCGUCGUACGAACAGGCCAUCACGACAGGAUAAGCUAAGGAAAUUGACACGACCCACUCAAAUUAUUUCUUCAGAAGAUUUUGCCUUUGUGAAUACGCUAUUCUAUGGACUUUUCACUGGGCUUUUCUGUUGCUAAAUAAUAUGCUCGUGAAAUUUUCCCGGAUUACGGUAUUUUGAAGUGUCAACAUAUACAGCUCUUACUGCCUGUUGUGAUCUCCGAAAGUUCAGUUCUUAUUUUUAAAGCAAUACAUUUAUUGCCUGUCAUUUAUAGAGCCUCCUUUUGUGAAAAAUUUUUCACUUCAUUGGUUUUACGAAAGUUUUGAGACUAAGUCCCUUAGUUUGUUGAUGAGGUUAUUUUGAUAGUUGAAUAGGUCUUCACCAGUCAAUCGCUAUCUAGCAUUGAAGUCAGUUAACUCUUCACCCAGGUUUCCCAAGCAGUGUCUCAUUGGAAAAAGUGACUGGUCCUUUAAUUUAAGGACGCUAGAAUAAACAACUGGCCCUUUAAUUUUAGUGACACUGGAAUAAACAAAACCAGUCAUUUUACGACACAAAUAAUUCUCUAUCGUCUCUUUAGUUAUUGGUUGUUUAUUGUUUAUUUAUAAACUCGGUAUGUGUGGACACUUCUUAGCUCUGACUUUUGUAGAACAUUGUUGUGUUUAUAAUCCUCUGUUUAAGGGACAAUUUGGAAGUGAAAGAUGUUGUUUUUAGCUGGGCUGUGACUCUGCCAAACAGGAUCUUUGAAAAAUCAUCAAACUACAAUUAAUUUUUCACGAGAACAGAAUUUGAAAGCCAUGUCGGAAACUGUCAUGCAACACGAGAAAAAAUCAUUAUUCGAGACCAAUGUUUUUGUGACUCGACAUGCAGUGGCUUCACACCCAAGUUGUCCUAAAUAUUUAUUAUGUUUACGAAAGUAGAUGUUUUAAUUUCUCUGUUGUUUCUGAUUAAUACUCUACACAUAUUUUGGGUGGCACUCUUAGGGAGCAUCUCGAGAUAUGUUGAAGCCUAAAAACCUAAAAAAAUGUCUCUCCUUGACACUCCUCUAUUCUCAUGAGCCGAUUUCAUACUGGACAUGCGACCAUCUGCGUCCACUUUUUGUAUUGUCAAUUUCCGCUCCUGACCCCUCCCCGGACAAAUUGUUUUUGUGUUCGCAUUCAUAAUAUUUUGAGAUGCUCCCUCGCCCAUAGGUUUGGGCAUUAUCAUAGAAUGGAUAUUGGGCACUAUCAUAGAAUGGAUAUUGGGCACUGUCAUAGAAUGGAUAUUGGGCACUAUCAUAGAAUGGACAUUGGGCACUAUCAUAGAAUGAUUCCUCGAUGUUUUCUCUGGUGGUAUUGGAAAUCAAGGUUUGGUACUAUGUGCUGGGAAAUUCAUGCGAAUAAGAAUAAUAUGGUAUUUUUAGUAACAAUUGGCGCCACAUUUUGGGAUGCUACUACCCUAUUUCCAACACUAACCAAUGGACUAUCAAGAAUCUUUGAGCAAAUCUGUCUCCAGCCAUUCACUCGAAAUUUUCAAUGCUGCUUUUGUCCGACAGGGGGAAUCAUUCGACUAGGUUUAUUUGUGUACUUUGCAGUUGCCAUUGUUGACAUGUAUAUUUUAGUCUAUUAUCGUCAUGGUGACCUUUUUGAACAUUUUGUCUUUUGACUGUUACGAUUUUGAUUGUCAUGAAAGUCUGUGAUACUGCGUGUAAAAAAAAGUGUACCAAUGUUUACUGUUGUCCGUCAGUUUUGAGCUCAGAAUUUUAUUGAUAUUAGCAUAGUUGUUGCCGUUAUUGGCUUACCUUGUACAUUCCUUCUUAUUCAUCAUAUCCUAGUAUAAUUAGCAAAACUGUCAACAAAAAUCGUUUGAGAUAUUACCAGCCUGCAAGUCGCAAAAAUCUUAUCAGGGCGUCGACUCUUUGACCGAUCAGCACUGUGUCAUCUUUGCAUCCUUGUGCUAGGCACUUUACCCCAAUUGCUCCUCUCCUGAAGUAUGUCCAUUAUGAUACCAACAUGGUAAAGUAAAUAUUUCUUGAUUUAGUCGGGCUGGUAUUACCAAAGUUUCAUUCUUACAAAUACUGUAAAGAUCUGCACAAUGUCAAAUCAAAUCAACAUGUAUGUAUGUCGUAACCAGUAUUAUGUUGGGCUAUGUAAAUUUCUUAUAGAUCUAAAUCGGUUUAUUAGCUUGGUUUGAUAUGGUUAAACGGUUCUUUUAUCACAAGUUUGAAAAUCAAUUCUUAAAAUUUUUGUCGUUAAAAGGCCCCUGUUGUGUCAGUGAGUACCCUUGGUGAUGUUUUCUCGCGUAAUCAUGACUCGUUUUACUCAGUCUUGUCUAUGGUGAUAUUAUUAUGGUGCUAUUUGUCAUUUCUCUAUGGUUUGUUGUAGUUUCUAUAGUUAAGCAGCAACGGUUGUUGUCUAAUUGUGACUCUUGAGUGAUGUAAGGUCAUUGGUCUUCAUUUUCAAUUCAUUGGAGUAGAACUAGCAUGAUAGAACAGGUGUGUGUGUUGUAUUAUUGUGUUAGUACUGGGUAUAUAUAUAUUAAGUUAAAGGGGCCAUAAUUACUGUUAGUCAACCAUCAAAGCAUCUUGGAAAAUGUUGCAAAUUGGCAUGUCAAAAAAAGAUGGAUUUGCCAAAGCCCAUCUGAAGUACUCUUUUAGAUAUCCUUCAACAAAUAUUUACAAAGCAGGCAACAAAGAAUAAAUUGGAAAAAAAAGGAAGCAAAUGUUUCCCAGGUCAACAGAAAAACUCACAGCCCUGUAAUUCUAAAUUCAAGUGUGUCCAUUCAAAGAUUCCGGUGUCUCCCAUAGAGUAUGGAAACUAAGAUGAGCUGGACAAUCAGCACUACAGCCUGUGCAUUUCUGACCAAUAGCCAUUUAUACUUGCUUAGAAUCUCAUGGCGACUGUUGGAUUCAAACCAGGGUCCUCUCAACCGCUCGUCGAGAGUCUGUCUGUCUCAGCCACUAGAUCACAGUGGCUCCUUAUACUUCUAUAGGCCAAUGAAUGAAUAGUCUAACUCAUGUCGGCCCAAUAGCCUGGCAGGAAGACUGCUUAACUGCAAGACCACGGUAUGUUACUUAGAUCUCGCCAUGUUGAAAGCCUGUAUUGUAUUUGUACUGUUAUGUAUAUGCAUUAAAUUUCAAUAAAACGUCUUGUAAAA